AUGCCGCGCGGAAAGGAACAGUACGAUGAUGACGAUUGGGACGACGGAUACGACGAUGAUGACUAUGACGAAGACGAGGACGACUAUGACGAGUACGAGGAGGCAGGCCGGCUGCAGGCGAAAUCCCAGAAAGGUGGAAAGCAACAACCGCAACCGGCGAAGCAACCGCAAACGAAGCAGCCACAAACGAAGCAACCAGCUCAGCAGAAAUCGCAGCAGCAGGCAGGGGGAAAGGCUGGAUCCCAACCACCCGUUACCCCGAACAAAGCGGAGACCUCUCCCACUGGCACCCAAGCUCCCGGGGGGUCCGCCGUAAAGGGCGGAUCCGCAGCAAGCGGCGGCGGCGCCGGCGGAACGUGGAGGUGCGCGGCGUGCACGUUCGACAACCCGCCGCUCUUCCUCGCGUGCGACGUGUGCAGCGCCGCCAGACCCGCUCAACAAGAGCCGUUUGAUUUCUCCACUCCUUCACCUGAUGAUGCCAUCCAAUCCGCCCUGAAAGGAGGACACGUGGCACCACGUGCUGCUGCCACGUCAGCAGCCGUGCCAGCCUCCGCGGCUGCAACCGCAGCAGCGAAAAGCGCCAACAGCAGCGGCAACAGCCGCGCGUCCAGCUCAGCAUCCCCUGCUGCUGACGUGGCAGCAGCAGGCGUUGGCAAGAUUCAGAUUACAGAAGGACGCAAGAAAGAAGCUUCACCCAGUGCUGGCUUUAGCACAACUGCUACAGCCACAGCAGCCGCUGCAGGGGUGGGAGAGGGAGGAGGGGAGGGCAAGGGAGGGGAGGAUGAAGAGACGAGGAGACGGAAAGCUUUAGAGGCGUAUGAGGCAGAGGGGUGGAUUAAGGAGGGGUUGGAAGGAGGAGAUGGGAAACCGACCUUGCACCUUAUUGUGCUGGGUCAUGUGGAUGCGGGCAAGUCCACCAUCAUGGGCCACUUGCUGCAUAAGCUGGGCCGGGUGAGCAACAAGGAGAUGCAUCGAGUACAGAGGGACGCCACCAACCAGGGCAAGGGGUCGUUUGCGUUCGCGUGGGUGCUGGACGAGAGCAGUGAGGAGCGCGCGAGGGGAGUCACCAUGUCUGUUGCCAUGUCAAGAUUCGAGACCCCAAAGCUGAACGUGGUGCUGCUCGAUGCCCCUGGUCACAGGGACUUUGUGCCUUCCAUGAUUGCCGGCACUGCACAGGCCGAUGCAGCCCUUCUAGUGAUAGACGCCACGCCAGGCGCCUUUGAAGCGGGUAUGGGAGGCGGCCAAGGGGGAGAGGACGUGGGGCAGAGCAAGGAACACGCGCAGAUAGCGAGGAGCCUGGGGGUGGAGCAGCUGUGCGUAGUGGUGAACAAGAUGGACUCUGCAGGGUUCGAGCGGGGCGAGUUUGAGCGGAUCAGAGGCGUGCUGGGUCAGUUCCUCACCAGGCAGUGUGGGUUUCGGGAAGGUGGAGUGCGGUGGGUGCCGCUGAGUGGGCUGCAGGGGGAGAAUCUAGACUCGGCUCCUACAGAUGAUCGGCUGAAGAAAUGGUACACAGGACCAACCCUUCUAGAAGCCGUUGACUCAUUCUCCCCCCCUCCCCGCGCCCUCAACCGCCCACUGCGCCUGGCGAUAGCCGAAGUGCUCAAGACGAGGGGGCUGGGCCAGGCAGGCGUGGCGGGGAAAGUGGAAUGCGGAGCGAUGCGACCCGGUACCAAGGUGCUUGUGAUGCCCGGGGCGGCAGUAGCAACAGUGAAGGCCCUAGAGCGGGACGAGUCACCAGUGGCAGCAGCGUGGGCGGGGGAGAGCGUGGACGUGGGGCUUCAGGGCGUGGAGGCCAAUCAGCUGCUGCCAGGUGGCGUGUUGUGCCACCCGGACUUCCCCAUCCCAGUCGCUACAAGGGUGGAGGCGCGCCUUCUCACGCUCGACCUCAAGAUUCCAUUGCUCAGGGGCACAAACGCCAUUCUGCAUGUGCAUGCAGCCAAGGAGGCGUGUCGCAUCGCGGCCCUCACAGCCAUUCUCGACGCCAAGACUGGUGAUGUUGCUAGAGCCAAGCCCAGAGCCGUGGGGUCCAACCAGAGUGCCAUUGUGGAGCCCAGAGCUGUGGGGUCCAACCAGAGUGCCAUCGUGGAGGUGAGAAGGGGGAGGGAUUAA